UUCACGGUUUCUGGAGCAGAGUAGUGCCCCGCAGUGUGUUGGGAGGAGCAAGCGGAAUCUCCAUUCUUUGGCCGGGAAAACGUCACCCCAGGGAAAAGGAAUCUUUUUCCACUUCUUGAGCAGAGAGGAACCCGGGCAGCCUCAUCAUGCUGAGAGUGGUGACUGCUUCUGCAAUCGGAGGAGCCCUGGCCAUGGGGGCUGUGCCCGUGGUGCUCAGUGCCAUAGGCUUCACGAAGGCAGGAAUCGCUGCCUCCUCCAUAGCAGCCAAGAUGAUGUCUACAGCAGCCAUUGCCAACGGGGGUGGAGUUUCUGCUGGCAGCCUGGUGGCUAUUCUGCAGUCAUUGGGGGCAACUGGACUCUCCACAGCAUCCAACCUCCUGGUGGGCUUUGUUGGGUCUGCUCUUGGGGCUUGCCUGGGGAGAUUGAGAUAGGUACCCUCUUCCUCUUACCCAGAGGGACCUGAGGGAACAGGCAGGUGACUCCCAUGGUGGAAAUGACUCUCCAGGGCCUCUGGAUGACAGCUCCUUAAUGACAAGCUUCCUUUUUCCAAAAGUGUUCAAGAAAGCAUGAAAAAUAAAGAUAAAAUGCCAUUA